UCUGCGUUUGUAUAGUGCAGUCAUCACCACAUAAUCGGCUCUUGGCAAAGAUUUGCUAAACUAGCAAAGUGAAAAUUGUAAACAUUUUAUAAAACUAUGGCGAAUUUUAUGCAAAAUAGUGUAGUGAACUACGCCUGCACCUGUGGCCUAGUAAAUCCAAUAACGAAAUUAUUUUUUUGUCGCCAUUGCUUGAAGCUGAGGUGUGGUUUCUGUGUCUGCCAUGAAGUGGAUUCGCAUUUCUGUUCCAAUUGUUUGGAAAACAUACCAUCAUCGGAGGCGAAGCAUAAAAAGAAUUGCUGCACCAAUUGUUUCAAUUGCCCCUGUUGUCAACACACUUUAUCGGCACGAGCCACAAUGGUUGUGGUGCCAAAGAAAACGGACGACUCCCCGAAGGAAGGUGAAGGUGAUAGCGUUAAGGCCGUAACGAAGAAAAUGUACUAUCUCUCUUGUUUGGGUUGCCGUUGGACAUCGCGUGAUGUUGGCAUUCCUGAUCAAAAUGUUGCGACCGGUGCUUGGCCCGAAAACGAAUGCUCAUACCAGACGCGUUUCAAUGCAUUGCUGGAGUAUUAUCAAGCUGUCGUUUUACAAGACAAACAAGAGAAGCAGGAAUAUUUAAGACGUAAAACUCCAAAAGCGCACAAAUUUCCUUCGCUAACGGAUCGUACUGGUUUAACUGUGUCGAUGAUACGCCGUCAAAUCGGUUGGCCUGAUAAAAAUACUCAAAAGGCAAAGCCUGUGAAUAUCACGCCGUCUGUGGCCACAGAUGAACUUGAAGAACUACCGGCUGAUGUUUUCACGCAGCCAAUAAAUUUGCGUAACGUAAGCAACAUUCAGCAACGUCAUGGUCAACCAUCCGAUCAGCCAUUCACUGUGAACAAGUUGUACCCACAACGUAGAAUCUUAUGGAUUAAACGCUCUUUACGCUGUCGCCAGUGUGAGCAUAAUGUGAUUAAACCGGAGUACCAUCCCACUUCGGUGAAGUAUCGCAUACAGCUGUUCGCAAACUAUCAUGUUCCCGACGUUUUGCUCGUGCGCAGUGAAGACGUUUUGCAAGCUGGCAAAUCUGGUGCGAUUAUACUGAAACUCACUAACCCAACCAUGCAUGAUAUGUCUAUAAAAAUAAAAGAAUUACCCACUCUUGCGGAAGAAUUGGAAAUGAUUGAAGAGUUUAAACUCGCUUGCAAAAUCAAGGAAAACACCGCAACCAGUGCAGCUGCUGAAUCGUUGAAAUCCAUCACAAGUUCGCCAUCGUUGACAAGCACCACACUCUCACGUCAAACAUCACUUAUAGAAGAUCCACGCGUUGUGCAGCAAAAGGCCAAUGUGAAAUUGAAUAACAGUGAGCUAAACUUUGUACUCAAUCAACGCGACGAUUCAACCGAAUUCGAUGAAGAUGUGCAAACGCCGCGCGAGGAACCAGAAUUUAUUAUUUGGCGCAAAUCAAAUAAGGUCUCAAUACGUCUACCUUUUACGAGCGAUGAAUCAUUGAAGGCUGGCGAUUUGGUGAAAGUAGGCUUCACCAUGGAGUAUACAUACGUCAACACGGUGACCAAUACACCAACUUCACACACGUUGAGUGCACGCGUAUUUAUCGAUGCUGGACAAAUAGUGGGCGCAUAAGUCGAGAAAAUGUGAAAUGUGAAAAAUUAAAUAUAUUUAGCACUAAUUAUUACGUAACAAAAGUGAAUAACACAACUGUCGCGCUUAAACUGUCAUUCUAUGAUUUGCUACGCGUAUAACUUUGCUGUAUGCAGUAUUUUCAAAAGAAAAGUGAAUUUUUUGAGAUUUAUUAUGUAUGUAUUAUGCACCAGCAGAUGCAUUGAAUGCAUUGCUAACAGUCACUUAAGUGAUUGUAUUUAUCUGUAUUGGCUAAAUAAAUUUGCAACCAAGCA